UUAUAAAAGAGGGCUGCCUUCUGCUCCCGCGCCCGGCGCGCCGCAUUCCCGACUCUGUACCCAUGGGGCGCGCUAACCACACACGAUAGUACCCAAAAAUAAUACAUCAAUUAAUGUAUAGGAACUACCUGUAGUUGGGACCAAGUGAUAAGUGAUACGAACUGACGGCAACGUAAAAAUUUCACCAUGGAUGACGCUCACUCGAAAUCCGUGGAAGAAGUCUUAGGAUAUUUUGGCACAGACCCAGACAAAGGUCUCAGUCCAGACCAAGUGAAAAGGAACCAAGAGAAAUAUGGGCCAAAUGAACUGCCUACAGAGGAAGGCAAGAGUAUAUGGCAAUUAGUCCUGGAGCAAUUCGACGAUCUUUUAGUCAAGAUUUUGCUGUUAGCUGCUAUUAUUUCAUUCGUUUUAGCUUUAUUUGAGGAACAUGAAGACGCAUUCUCAGCAUUCGUAGAACCCUUCGUUAUUUUACUAAUUCUUAUUGCUAACGCUGUAGUAGGAGUAUGGCAGGAAAGAAAUGCCGAAUCCGCCAUCGAAGCUUUAAAAGAAUACGAACCCGAGAUGGGCAAAGUCAUCAGAGGAGACAAAUCUGGCGUUCAGAAAAUUCGAGCGAAAGAAAUUGUGCCCGGUGACAUCGUUGAGGUGUCAGUCGGUGACAAGAUCCCCGCUGACAUCCGUCUGAUCAAGAUUUACUCUACCACCAUUCGUAUCGAUCAGUCCAUCUUGACCGGAGAAUCUGUUUCCGUGAUCAAACAUACCGACCCCAUUCCCGACCCCCGCGCCGUCAACCAGGACAAAAAGAACAUCCUCUUCUCCGGCACUAACGUCGCCGCCGGUAAGGCCCGCGGUGUCGUCAUUGGCACCGGCCUCAACACUGCCAUCGGUAAAAUCCGUACCGAAAUGUCCGAGACUGAAGAGAUCAAGACACCCCUGCAACAAAAACUCGAUGAGUUCGGUGAGCAGCUGUCUAAAGUUAUCUCCGUCAUUUGUGUCGCUGUAUGGGCCAUCAACAUCGGUCACUUCAACGACCCUGCCCAUGGUGGCUCCUGGAUUAAGGGCGCAGUUUACUAUUUCAAAAUUGCUGUCGCUCUCGCCGUCGCUGCUAUUCCUGAAGGUCUGCCCGCUGUCAUCACUACUUGCUUGGCUCUCGGCACGAGAAGAAUGGCAAAGAAAAAUGCUAUUGUUAGAUCUCUGCCCUCCGUUGAGACCCUUGGUUGCACAUCAGUCAUUUGCUCUGACAAAACCGGAACACUCACAACCAACCAGAUGUCCGUCUCUCGCAUGUUCAUCUUUGAGAAGAUUGAAGGCAGUGAUAGCAGCUUCCUCGAAUUCGAAAUUACUGGCUCCACUUAUGAACCUAUCGGCGAUGUUUACUUGAAGGGUCAGAAGGUCAAAGCCUCCGAGUUCGAAGCACUACAGGAGCUGGGCACGAUCUGCGUUAUGUGUAACGACUCCGCCAUUGAUUUUAACGAAUUUAAGCAGUGUUUCGAAAAGGUCGGUGAAGCUACUGAAACGGCUCUAAUUGUGCUCGCCGAAAAGAUGAAUCCCUUCAACGUUUCCAAAACCGGCCUCGAUCGGCGUUCCACUGCUAUUGUCGUCCGCCAGGAAAUUGAAACCAAGUGGAAGAAGGAAUUCACUCUAGAAUUCUCCCGUGACCGGAAAUCCAUGUCUUCCUACUGCACACCCCUUAAGCCUUCCCGUCUCGGAAAUGGACCCAAACUGUUCGUCAAAGGUGCGCCCGAAGGAGUUUUGGAACGUUGCAGCCACGCUCGUGUCGGUACCAGCAAGGUGCCUCUGAACGCUACCCUAAAGAACCGCAUUCUGGAUCUGACCCGCACAUAUGGUACCGGUCGCGACACACUACGUUGCUUGGCCCUCGCUACCGCUGACAACCCACUUAAGCCCGAAGAAAUGGACCUUGGUGACUCUUCCAAGUUCUACACUUAUGAAGUCAACCUUACCUUCGUCGGUGUCGUUGGCAUGUUGGACCCUCCCCGCAAGGAAGUCUUCGACUCAAUCGUACGUUGCCGCGCUGCUGGUAUCCGUGUAAUUGUCAUCACUGGUGACAACAAGGCCACAGCUGAGGCCAUCUGCAGACGUAUUGGCGUAUUCGGUGAAGAUGAGGACACCACUAACAAAUCUUACUCUGGCCGCGAGUUCGACGACCUGCCCGUCUCUGAGCAGCGUAGUGCUUGCGCUAGAGCUCGCCUGUUCUCCCGCGUGGAGCCCGCUCACAAGUCCAAAAUUGUUGAGUACCUGCAGAGCAUGAACGAGAUCUCCGCCAUGACUGGUGACGGUGUGAAUGACGCCCCCGCCCUGAAGAAGGCCGAGAUCGGUAUUGCCAUGGGCUCCGGUACCGCUGUCGCUAAAUCCGCCGCCGAGAUGGUUCUCGCUGAUGACAACUUCUCCUCCAUUGUCGCUGCAGUCGAGGAAGGUCGUGCUAUCUACAACAACAUGAAGCAGUUCAUCCGCUACUUGAUCUCUUCCAACAUUGGUGAAGUCGUGUCCAUUUUCCUGACUGCCGCUCUUGGUCUCCCCGAGGCUCUGAUCCCUGUGCAGCUGUUGUGGGUCAACCUUGUCACUGACGGUCUGCCCGCCACCGCCCUCGGCUUCAAUCCCCCCGACUUGGACAUCAUGGACAAACCUCCCCGCAAGGCUGAUGAAGGUCUUAUCUCUGGCUGGCUCUUCUUCAGAUACAUGGCUAUCGGUGGCUACGUAGGCGCAGCGACUGUCGGUGCUGCCACUUGGUGGUUCUUGUACUCGCCCUUCGGCCCGCAGAUGUCCUACUGGCAGCUGACCCACCACUUGCAGUGUCUCAGUGGAGGAGAAGAAUUUAAGGGCGUCGACUGCAAAAUCUUCACUGACCCUCACCCUAUGACCAUGGCUCUAUCCGUGCUGGUCACCAUCGAGAUGUUGAACGCCAUGAACAGCUUGUCUGAAAACCAGUCGCUCAUCAGCAUGCCGCCAUGGUCCAACUUGUGGCUCGUCGGUUCGAUGGCCCUCUCCUUCACACUCCACUUCGUUAUCCUCUAUGUCGAGGUCCUCUCGGCUGUGUUCCAAGUGACGCCGCUGUCGGUCGACGAAUGGAUAACUGUGAUGAAGUUCUCCAUACCCGUGGUGCUGCUGGAUGAGGUGCUCAAGUUCGUCGCGCGCAAGAUCUCCGACGGUGAGACCAAAUCCCUGGCGGACUGGCUACACGGCAUGCAAUGGAUUGUGCUCAUGUGGGCCGUCUUCUUUGGGAUCAUCAUCUACGGCCCCCUAUAAGCGGCCGCCCUGCUCUGGCCCCGUGUGCCGUACAACCCGUUUGUUCACACCUAAUACCCCAACGAACUUUGCGCUACCCUGACACCGUCCGAUAGAUUCUAAUUUCACUCGGAUACGUGAUCCUACUUUCUUAUGAAACUUUCUGUAAUAUUAUUGGGUGAAUGUCUCAAUAAUUUUUCUUUUAAUAUCGGUGCAAUAUGUAAGUAGUACCAUAGUUGUUAACGCAAAAUCUUAGUGUAUACGAGGUGUAGUGAGAUGGGUAGCGCAAGGAUGCGCACUGUGGAACCGUACAGACAUUGAGCGUGGCUCACCGCAGUGAACUAACCGUUUGAAUGCUAAUCCCGCGCACAGUGUGAGUGAGGCCUGCACGCCGCGGUGACGGACAACAGCGCCACAGCGCUAGUGAGUGACUGACGAACAAGUGUCGACGCCGGCGCCGCCUGCGGGUGCGGCCCUUGUGUUGUAGCAUCUACUUUCGCCUAGGAAUAAUCUAAUCUCGAGAGACGGUGCGGCGAACCUGCCCCCGCUCUGAGAUUACACCUUGUAUAUACGUGCGAGACAAUAAUAUUCUGGAGCUCAUCUAACUGCCUAGUUUGGAGGUUCAACAGUUUUAAUUUUCUUCCUUCGUCUUUUUCCUUGAAUGUGAAGUGGCUGUGACGACCUACGUUAUGUAUGCUAAUACGAAACACCAAAAAGUGGUU